AUCAACUCUUCUUCUCAAACAAAUAUCAUUAAUACCCACACAAAAAAAAAGAUAAUGACAAAAGUUCAUCCAAAGUUCCCAAACACUUGUGAGGAGAGCUUGUGUGAUAGUAAAGAAGCUAUUGUUUUAACGGUGUGGAAGAAGUCCCUUCUCUUCAACUGUGAUGGAUUCACAGUUUACAACUCCAAUGGAGAUCUUGUCUUUAGGGUCGACAACUACAUGAACUGUCCUAGAGACAACAUAGUCCUUAUGGAUGCUUCUGGUCUACCUCUCCUCUCCAUCCGUCGCAAGAGGUUGAGUCUUGGAGAUUGCUGGAUGGUAUACGAUGCAGAAACACAAAGAGACCCAAUAUUUAUGGCAAAGAAAAACGUUGGUAUUAAGACAAACAGGAGAAGCUUGGUGUCAGUUAGCUCGAAGAAGACAGUAUUAUACGAGAUAGAAGGAUCAUACAGCCAAAGAAGCUGUAAGAUAUUGGAUGAGAGGAGGAACAAGAAGAAAACGGCGGAGAUCAAGAGGAAAGAGGCAAUGGUUGGAGGAGUUACCUUUGGCAAAGAUGUGUUUAAACUUAUAGUUGAACCGGAGAUGGAACCUUGUGUGGCCAUGGCAUUGACCAUCAUCCUCGACCAAAUGUUUAGAUCUUAAUGAUUUUUCAAUUCCAAGCUUUUUACGUAUAUACUGAUUCCCUUUUUUGUCAUGUAAUUUAUGCAUGUGUUAUUAGGGAUGAAAACAGAUCGGAUAUCUAAAUUUUUGAAGAUAUUCGUGAUCUAUCUUUUGUACCGAUCAUAAUUUUUAUAAUUUGUAUUUUCCUCACGGUUUGGUAUCCGG